GUGCCACGUCAGCAGUGCCACGUCAGCAACAUGACGGGCCUGCCAGGCCAACUGGCCAAUGAGCCCAUUGCCGACGUCAAGAAGCGGUUCCAGGCUCAGCUCGCUGCAAUCGAGGCUGAGGAACAACGCCAGCUGGCAGCCAAGGCUGCCCAGCUACAGGCUGACGAAGCGGCAGCAGCAGAGAUGCUCCGGCUACAGGCCGAAGCAGACGCAGAGGCCCAGGCUCGCCGCAAGGAAGCCCAGGAUCUGCUGCAGCGGCAUGAAGCAGCCAGCGUUGACAGACUCAAAUUCUGGCACUUUGAACCCAACGGCGACGACGCGACACCGGAAGAGCAGCAUAAGGAGUUUCUCUCCAAACUCGUGACACGACUGUUGUACACUUGCAACUACCAACAGUCCGAGUUGGAGAAACAGUACCAGGACCUGACGCAACAGCAUCAGGAGUUGGCGAAGCUCCGCCUCACAGUGCAGAGCCACGAGGAUGCAACUCGGGCACUCAAUGCUCGAAUGCUGAACCUGGAACAGGCUGUACCAGGACAAGCUGCUGGGGCUUCCAGCAGUGCAACCUCUAGCUGCCAACUGGAGGAACGUGCUGACCACGUAGUGGAAAUGCUCGGCGACAUCAGCACCUUCGCUGCGCCGACCACCAUCAGCAGUCAGCUGCAUACCUUGAAGACCGAGGCCCAGCAGCUGCAGUCGACGAACGCGGAUGACAAUCCGAAGAUGUACAAGAUGCCAACUUUCCAACUGGACAAGUUCGAUGACUACACACAGCAGGAUCCGGUCCUCUGGUGGGAAGCAUUCACAACGCAACUCAGGAUUCUGCCCGUCGCCAAGCACGUGUACAUCGGCGCCUUCGUUGACGUACUGGACGUGAAGGACAAAAUCACAUGGGAGGAACUGACACGCCUGUGGAAGAAGCGGUUCAUCGUCGACGACGCGCUGGCACUUGCCAUCAACCGUUUGUUCACCAUGUCACAAGGCAACACUGCAACACGGGAUUGGCUCACGGAGUGGCAGAAGAUUGCGGCGGUGCCCAAUCUGGACUUGCUAUUCACGCAUCUACGUCGUGAGUUCUACAACACGUCCUGUGCUGCAUUGAGCCAGGCUCUUCGUGAUCGCGAGCAGUACUCAACCUUCGCUGAGAUCAUUGACAAGGCGAGGGAUAUCAUCAAGACCAACAGGUUAGCUGCACACGAGAAGUCAACAUGGCAGCCGACCUAUGUGGAGAAGGUACGAAUUGUGGCGAAGCAACAGCAAGUCCCGCAACAAUGGGAAGGAGAAAUCCGCAUCGCAGGCCGGAAAUGGACAGCCAGUACAAGUUCCAUGGGUCAAGUUCGGCUUGACCGAGGCGGAGUACAAGGUCCGCGGCUGCUACGGCAAUUGCUAUUGGUGCAACAACACCAAGCACAAGACCUUCCUGUGCCAGGAUCAGGGCAAGGAGGAUGUGCGACCCCGCCUCAACUCGGGAAACUGAGUUCCGCGGAAGGUGAGGCGACUCCACCUUCCAUUCCACUAGAUUCGUCCGCCUUGCUAGCGGCCUCCUGCACAUCUGGGGAGGAUGCGAAUGUCGCAGGUUUUCGUUACACUUACGAGGACUAUGCUGUCCACUUGGUUCCACCGCUGGACCAACCGCUCCACGUGCAACAAUCUAUCGCAUGCACGGUUUCAUCACCAUCGGCAACCAAUUCGGCAGCUUCGCCGCCAUCUAUUGUCGGGGAUUCAUCAUCGUGGUCAAGACUUGAGGUGCUCGACCCACUGACGUUCACGGACUUCCAGUGGAUGCCUGUUCCCCCGACCGGACGAUUGCCGAAGCCUCAUUGCAAUGUGCUCAUGGCACAACUGCGAGAUUACUUGCGCACUGCAGGACCAGCUCCGUUGAUGGACGCCGGAGUAGAGGUUGUCGACCUUCACGCUUACAUCGCGAAGAUCGACCGCGAGUUCAAGACGCAACGGUACGACGAUAUUGACGCACCAUUGCUAUAUUUACGCAUUCAGAUCGGAGAGGCGACCUGCAACGCCUUGAUCGAUUGCGGAGCAUCUCGCAACUACAUCAGCCAGGACUUCAUGAUGCGCGCCGACCUUGGCCCACGCGUCCGGAGGAAGUCCCAGCCUACGCAAGUCACGUUGGUGGACGGUCACACGCACAAGUCAAUCGACCGGUGCAUUAAUGCCGUCCCACUGUACUUUGCCCCUCACGCAAGUGAGGCGGUGUCCUUUGAUAUUCUGGACACCAAAUUCGACAUGAUCUUGGGCAUGUCAUGGCUGCGAAGCGAGGAUCAUCCGGUGAACUUCUUCCACCGCACCGUUCACAUUUGUGAUCGGAACGGAGCAUUAGUUCCAUGCACGGUACCUCUUCCUCAUCCUUCGAUCAGCUGCCACGUGGUAUCCGCCGCAAGCAUGCGAGCUUCCAUCAUCAGAGACGACAUCGAGGAGAUGGGGGUGUGUUUUCUCCACGCCCUCCCGCCCCAUGACGCUUCAUCGACGGACUCACCUUCGGAUCCACGCAUCACUGAGCUUCUCGACGCCUACAAUGACGUGUUCGAAGGCACGCACGGAGUAGUACCGGAUCGACCCAUCCGCCACGAGAUCAUCCUCGAGGAUGGGGCCAUACCUCCGCGUGGUUGCAUGUACCGAAUGAUCGAGGAAGAGUUAAGUGUGCUUCGGGCACAACUCGACGACCUUCUGGAGAAAAGCUGGAUUCGGCUUAGCUCAUCGCCAUACGGUGCUCCUGUUCUCUUCGUCCGGAAGAAGAACAAGGAUUUGCGGUUGUGCAUCGAUUAUCGCAAGCUCAACGCGCAGACGAUCAAAAACGCCGACCCUCUCCCACGCAUCGACGAUCUUCUCGAGCGACUGGGCGGCGCCAAGUUCUUCUCCAAGAUCGAUCUCAAGUCGAGAUAUCACCAACUCGAGAUUCGCAAGGAGGAUCGCUACAAGACCGCGUUCAAGACGCGAUAUGGGCAUUUCGAAUGGCUGGUUAUGCCAUUCGGCCUUAUGAAUGCCCCGACCACUUUCCAAGCGGCUAUGACAACGGAGUUCCGACACAUGCUGGAUCGAUACGUACUUAUCUACCUCGACGACAUUCCGGUGUACAACCGGAGUUUGGAGGAGCAUGUGGAACACUUGCGCACCGUUUUGGAGCGGUUACGACAAACCAAGUACAAAGUCAACCACGACAAGUGUGAAUUCGCGCGGCAGGAGCUGGAGUACUUGGGCCAUUAUGUGACGCCGCAAGGCAUCCACCUUCUGCUCCUUCGACCAGCCGACAUUGAUGCUGCCUGCUCUCCCGCUUCCGUCCGGAAGUACAGGGAAUUGUUGACUCAAGCCCGCGCAAACAUGCAAAAGGCUCACGUCCGCAUGCAGCAGCAAGCCAACAGGUGUUGCGUACCAUGUCCCAUCCGCGCCGGUGAUCUGGUUUGGGUCUCCGCAGAAGAGUUUGCACUGGAACAGGAUGUUUCACGAAAACUGCUUCCCAAGUGGUUUGGACCUUGGUCUGUGACAGCAGCCGCGGGCGAUGAGCCCGAUGGCCCUUCAUUUGUGAUCAACAUUCCAGAGCAUCUGACGGUCCAUCCGGUCUUCCACGCCUCGAAGCUGGCAACAUACAUGCCAGCCAAGAGCGACGACUUUCCGGACCGACGAUCGCAGGACCCUCCUUCUAUGGAUGGUCAUCAGGAAGUUGACCGCGUCAUCACUGAUCGCAAGUACGGCAGCAAGCCGCGGCAGUACAAAGUCACAUUCAAAGCAUGCUAUCGCGACGACACUCGGUGGAUUUCAGGCGCAGAUUUGAAAGCAUCCGCACCGCUGAUCUACGCGCAUUGUGAAAGGCGGAGGUUAGCUCAGGAAGCUUCACGACCAGCCCCUCCCACCCGGACUGUGGUCCCUCCCUCAGACAGACAGCUUCACCCUCGCAGGUAAGAUCCAGCUUGAAACGGAGGGCCAUUUUCAGGCCCUCAUUGUUUCAACCGCCCCUAAGACUCAGGCACGUAAACAGGGAUGCGGAACAUGCCAGAAAU